AUUUGAUAGAUGUAACAGACAUUUUUUAAAAGGGCUCCAUUUGAGGCACUUUUUCCUUUCGAAGUGUUCCCGUUGAUAUUUCUUUAGAACAAAUCGAAAAUUGUUCAGCAAAAUGGUGAACAAAAAUGUCCUGAAAUUAUCCAACAAAGUUUUGAUAUUCGUAAGCGUGCUCGGAGCUUUAAUGGUAAUCGGUGGAGCUUAUUUGGGAUUCAAAGUCGUUCCUGAUAUUAUAGUGAACAAAAUUUGGGAGACGAAAAUUCUCAAAGAAAACACCGAACAAUGGGAAGCGUUCAUGAAAACCCCCUUUCCAUACUCCUUCAAAGUCUUCGUAUUCGACGUUCAAAACCCUGAUGAUGUCCUGCAAGGGGCGAAACCUCGCGUCAAAGAAGUGGGACCUUUCGUAUACAAGGUGACCAAAUGGAAGGAUGACGUACAAUGGACCAGUCCAGACGAAAUUUCCUACCAUUCUUACACGAAAUUCGAAUUCGACGAAGCAUCUUCGGGAGAAUACACGGAAAACACCGAAGUCACCAUACUAAACUCCCCGUUAUAUGGAAUACUUCUGAAAGUCGAAGCCACCAAGCCGGAAGUGUUCGGUCUGGUCGAGCAGGCCGUGCCCGUCGCGUUCGCCGGUCACAGCCAACUGUUCAUCAAAGUCAAAGUCGGCGAUUUGCUGUUCAAAGGGAUAAAAUUUUGCGAGAACGCCGGCAAAAAUGGCGGAUUCGCCACCUCCAUCUUCUGCAGGAACGUCAUGCAAAAGGCCAACGAGUCGCAAUCGUUGCGAUUGGAAAACGACGCGAUUUUGUUCUCCAAUUUGCAUUACAAAAACAACACGCAUUUGGGAAGAUUUACGGUGAAAUCGGGCGGAAAGGAUCCAAAGGAAAGCGCUACAUUAACUUUAUACAACGGAAAACCUUUCUUAUCAACUUGGCCCGGUGAAAAUUCCUCUUGCAAUCGAAUCAGAGGAUUUACCACAGUUUUUCCGGCUAAUAUAAAAACUGACAUGGUUUUCGAAUCUUUCUCCGAAGAUAUUUGCAGACACGUCGCUUUGGAAUACGAUUCGAAAGAUGCUGUAAAAGAAAUCGCCGGUUACAAAUUCGUGGCGAAAAAUGACACUUUCAGCAGCAAAACUAAUAAGGAGAAUUCCUGCUUUUGCAGCAAUCGCACCAAGACUUUUACCACUGCAGAGGGUUGUCCUGAAGACGGGAUUAUCGAUCUUACGCCUUGCAAAGGGGGUCCUGUGAUGGUUUCGUUUCCUCAUCUGCUCUACGCCGACGAAGGAUACGCGAGGAGUGUGGAAGGACUCCGUCCGGUGAAGUCCAGGCACGAGCCUUUCGUGAUUUUAGAGCCGUUGAGCGGGUUACCUCUGUACGGGUCUCAAAGGAUACAGUUCAACAUGUUCCUGAGGCCGAUAGAGGGCAUGGAGAAUCCUUGGAACGUGUCCAGGUCGCUUUUGCCGCUCAUUUGGGUCGAAGAGUCCUUCGUGAUACCGGAUCAAUUCAUCGAGAAGUUAAACGACAAUCUGUUCAGCAAGUUGAAUAUGAUCAACAUCGUGAAAUGGAUAGUGAUUGUAAGCGGAGGGGCUGGCCUUUUACUAGCCGGUUUGACGUUAGUUUACAGACAGGCCCCUUGAUUGGACAAUGAGGAUCCCCUGCCGUACGUUAAUUGAAUUAUAAAAAAUCGUUUUCGAGUUAAUUGUAGAUAAUUAUUAGUCGAUUGCGUGUGAAUUAUUAAUUUAUUUAAUAAGGUAAUGUGUUAUUAAUGAGAUUGUUUUUUUAUUUAUCGUUUAUUCGAAUUACAUAUACAAUAUGUACAAGAACAAAACGUUUGCUUAAGCGAUAGUUUUAGGUAUUUACAUGGAUUAAAAAAUAUUAUUUCUAUAAUUAAAUACGAUAAUUGUAAUAUUAAUAAUACAUCGGUUGCAAUUUUAUUAUGUACACAUGUUUUUUGGCAGUUCGGCAUAAUUUGCGUAAAGUUUUCUUUACGAUUCGAAGAAAUAUUGCGAAAAUUUUAUUUGUACGAGAGUUAGGAAACUUACUGUGAUCAACAUCAGAGUAUAAUCGUCCGGAAAAAACGCAAGAAAAGUUACAAAAAUAACGUUAUUAUAAAAAUAAAAUCUAUUCCCGACAACCCCAUCGAAUUCACACCAGCUAUCCCAACUUAGUCCCGAACUCGUGCAAUAUAUCACAAGCCAUAUCCACGUUAUUCCUGGUAAU